AUGGCACAGAAUACCGACUUAGCCAAAGCCAAGGGCAGUGCGGAAACUUAUGCCAUUAAAUAUUUUCUGCAAAAGUUCUUUUUAAUUCCCACGGAUAAUAAUUUGGAUCCGGAUGCUUUUGAGAGUAAGGAGGCUCCAACUAAGACGGCUAAUUUAUCUUCCCAAAAUAUGGAUCAAUCAUUAACCGAGUUACAAUCCCAAACUAAUACCAUUAGCCUAAAACAUGUAGAAAGCCUAAUUAAUCUUUUUAAGCAAAAAACUAGCGAUAAUAAAGAACGCCAAACUAAUUUCUUAACUGAAUUAGAUCAACAAUUAGCCAAAAGGGGAAUAGAAGGAACUACUAAUGCUGGUAACUUCCGAGUUAGGUUGGCUACUCUUACUCCUUUGGAUUAUCAGUAUUUAUCUAAUUGGUUAUUGAAGAAGAAAACUUUUCUUCUCAAAGGCUUAACUGAGCAAUUAUUAUCAGGCCUAAUAACUUUAACUGAGGCUCUCCAAGAACAAAAAAGAUAUGAUUUGGCUAUGGAAAAGAUAAACCAAAGAACCCAAAAAAUAUUUAAAACUGAACAAAAAAGACAAGACUUUUGA